AUGGUGAAGAACCCCAAAGGAAGCUUCAGUGAGCACUGGGUUUUCAAGAACAAGGAAUUCUUUGAUAUCAUGGACGUUGAUGAAAAUGGCAAAGUGACUGAAGAGGAAUUCAUUGAUUCAUCAACUGAACGGGCUGAACAAGUUCUCCCAUCUUGGAGAGCCAAGGCGGUUCAUGGUAUAUUGUCUAACGCCUAUCACCUGUGGUGGUCAAAUGAAUACAACAACUAUUCCAAAUCCAUCCCAUUUCAAGAAAAGCUUCAGACUGAAGAAGUUGAACUCCCUAUUACAAGAGAAAAGAUCGUAAAAUCCGGAAAUGAUUGGCUUGGCGCUUUUGAUCUCGACUGCGAUAGCAAAUUGAUGGUAGAUGAGUAUUCCAACUUCCUUACUUUUUUCCGUAACACUGGUAAGGUUCAAGAUAUAUUUGAUGCAGUUGAUUGGAAUAAGGAUGGUGUGAUUGAUACCAAUGAGUUCAUAGAUGGUUUCGAGGACUUCUGGGUCGGUCAAGAGCCCAGCUCCUCCGAUGUCUUUUUCGGUACUCGUUAUUAA